UUGACUGUCCUAUGAUCAGAAAAGUUGCGCUGAGUUCAGGAGUAGCAAAGUCAUAUCUGGGUUCAACCCCGGCAUCCAAUUUCUGUUGACUGUUACACUGGAGGGGCAAUGCUGAGACAGCCUCAUAUUCUAUAGGUUGUAUUGUCACAUCCCAGCUCUUAAAUUUUUCAAAUGAAAGAUGUUUUCAGAUACAGCAAGAACUAGGUUAGAACUGUAUUUUUAUCAUAAUUCCCUACCUUGUAAAAUUGUAGAUGAUACAGCAAAUAAUAAUUUCGAUUCUGUUUUAUUCAUUUCAUUCAAUAAAUUAUGUUCCAGUCAUAAUAAGUUCGACUCUGGUCGAAAGAGGUACUCGCUAGUUUCCCUUGCUUUGAUAAAUAAAUAAACAUAAAUGUUUGCAUGUGUCCACCUGCUUGAUACAGAUCUGAAUCCUGAUAGUAGGUCUGCAUGAAAUGAUCAGACCAUGCUUUUGCAACUUUUUGCUACACAUCAAUGCAAGACUGAUGGGUCCCUUACAACCUUCUAAAGCUUCUAGAGAGCAAGGCUAGAAUAUAACUGCUUUCUUCAUGACACCAUGCACCAAAGUUUAGCUUAGUAUAUACACCCUCUUUAACCUUGUUUAAUGGAUGUUGCUUUAUUUCAGCUGUUUCAGCUCAUUGAGAUUGCCACUGAUGUUUUCAGAAUGCCUGUUUAAUUCGAGGUGCAACUCAGGCAGAAAAAAAGAUUUAAUUUUUCCCUUGUAAUCCUGUUCACAGAACCACCUUCAUUAGGCUUCAGCCUUUGUAAAGGCACUCACACACACGGGGGAGGAAGGAGGGCCGAGUGAAAAGCAGGGACAGUCUUGCGGUUCUGUAACUUCUGCUUCAGCCAUGAAGAGAAAGGAGCUGAUGAUCAUGCACGGCGUUCUGAUUCUUGGUUGGUUCAUAGCCUCUGCAGCCGCCGGACGCUUCACACCACAGGAAAAGGCAGAGUCCGUGACGCCGAUCCCGACACUGUCGCCACCGGAGGGCAACAUGACGUUCAUCGACGGCGUGACGUGGUGCGUGGCCCGGCCAGGCGCAACCCAGGAGGACCUCCAGAACGCGCUGGACUGGGCGUGCGGCCCCGGCGGCGCCGACUGCUCCCAGCUGCAGCCGGGCGGGCGGUGCUACCAGCCGAACACGCUCCUCACCCACGCCUCCUACGCCUUCAACAUCUUCUACCAGCAGAACGGCAACUCCGACAUCGCCUGCAACUUCGGCGGCGCCGGAGCCCUCGUCAAGCGGGACCCAAGUUUUGGAUCGUGCAAGUUCUUGGCAUCUGAGACUUCUGCAGCAGCUUCCUCGGUGAUGCUUCUGGGAAGAAGGGUGUGCGUGGCCAUGGUCGGUGCAUCUCUGAUCGCACUCCGGCUGAGAGUUUAGAAAUCCUCUUCGUGAUCAUAUGCUUCGCCUGAUCGAGCACUGGUGCCGCCGAAGAAGGCUAUAUGUGACGUAACGCAAAAUCAGUGUAAUGGUGGUUUCUUUUUGUGGUUCUUGUAUGUAAGGAACAUACGGUGCUACCUUUUUUCGUGUAAAUUUCGUUGAAGAAUGAAUAUACUACUAGUCAUAAUUAGUCGUGUUUAGAAAUAAUGGUGUUCACAGGAGUUUGUCAGGAUUUAAACAACACCCUUUUAUUAUUCAUUUCUGCAACUUUUUCCA